UGAAUUUAUUUUACUUAGAAUGGAAAUAUCUUUGGUUGGUACUCUCGUUGCCCUGGUGUUAGUGCCCUGGUGCUCUGCUAGCGUAUGUGAUGAAGGCCCUCCUGGUAAAUAYUGCCUUGCUGACCAAUCUGCUUACCAUGACUGUAGCAAAGAUCCUAUUACUGAUCAGAUAUUUCAUGUAAUUCACCAAUGUCCGUCAAAUACUAGGUGUACAUGUAUGCAUAGACCAUGUGGUGCUUAUGAAACCCCGUGUGCCACCAAAAUACCGCCAAUCAUGCCAYUUCAAUACUCUGCCAAUAUCUAUUCUAUAGACAUCUAUGACUGUACUCCACUUCCUUGUACUACAGACGUGUACAAGCUGUCAAUGUGGCGUGACGUUAAGAAUCAAGAGAAAUAUCGUGAAGACAUGCAGAUGAUCUCAUCUUCAGUUCAAUAUGAUUAUCCAAGAUAUUCUUCAAUGUUUGUUCUUCCUAACAAUCACUCAUCAUUUGAUGUUUAUACAUAUCACAGUACUCCUUCCGAAAAGACGUGCAAAAUGCGAAUCGCUGAUUCUUUUCCUCCAGAACCAAACAACAUCCCAAAAUACUUCAAAUACAAUGGCACAGAAAUGGUGACAGGAAUUCAAACUGAUCGUUGGAUAGGGACCUCUGGUAAAGACACCCACAUCUGGAAUGUCGUUGAAUUCGCCGCUAUAUUCAGUAGGCCAGUACAAWAMCGUAUAAAACGAGAACGGUCCGGCCACUUUSAWUCCUACUGGCAAUCCUUUGACGCAAGUGCUCCCAACCCAAAGGUGUUUGAGCUUCCCAGUAUAUGUAAGAAAGAGCGAAAGCGUUCUCUUGAACGUACACUUUUCUUUGGUCGACGACCAUAACUGAACUUGCUCAGUCUUUAAUGCCAAUAAACAUGCAGUUAUUGUGAA